UGGAAAAAAAACGCGUGCAGCAUACUUUACACAUAGUGAGUAACAUCGAAUGAAGAAGGUUUACGAUGAACAUAAUAUUUUAAGAAAGAGAAAGAAACACGGCCACAGUAUCAAAACAGCAAGAAAAAGCGUGGCAAACAAUAGUGGACCGACUGAAUGAGGUCUGAAGCCCAUGGACUUCAACGGUUUAGCCGACCCGUACGUCAAACUGCACCUGCUGCCUGGAGCCUGUAAGGCCAAUAAACUGAAAACGAAGACGAUCCGUAACUCUCUGAAUCCAGUGUGGAAUGAAAGGCUCACUUACGUCGGGAUCACAGAAGAAGACAUGCACAGGAAGACGCUCAGUCUACUACAGUCUGCCAGCCUGAGAGGGAAGCUCCGAGAGGGUGGGUGCACCAAACUCGGCCACUUGAUGAAAAAGACGGCAACAGCCGUGGAGGCCUGAAGGAGAGCAGCAGCAUCACAUCUAUCCGGGUGAUCGACAGAGUUGCGGAGGAGGUCUGUGCCGCACUGCCACAAUCCCUAAGAGCUUUUGUUGAGCUUCGCGUGAAUACAGUUUCCCCUCCGUGUCUAUCACCCCAGCCGUGGGGGAGUGGCAGGAGGAAGGAGCUCAGCUGUUGUCUUUCACAACCCCCCACCUGGACAAGUUUCAAGCUGUGGGGAAGA